CCUCCUCCUCCUCCUCCUCUCAGUACGCAGGUGUGUGUGAGCAGCAGGAGGCGUGCGGAGCGCCAAACCCAAACUUUUUUACGCACCGCUCUGCGCCGCCGCCGCCGCCGCCUCACCUUCACGUGGGUUAACACCUGCAAACAUCCUCCGGUCCGCAGCGGAUUACCGAUGGAUUAACGUUUUCUCUGUGUCCCGGGAGUCAUGCUCACACUCUCGGUUCAUCUUGGGUCGUCACGCCGAGUCCUCGCGGGGAACCGAUCCGACUUGGAUGCCCUCCAUUCCCGUUUCCGCAUUCCCGCAGCCGCCGUGCGCACUGCAGGCGUGGAGCUCCGAUCCACGAUCUCGACAGAAAAAACCGGUUCCUCCGGCUGGUCCAGCCCAACUAUCGCUGGCGGUGCAUUAUGUUUCCAGCCAGAAGAAUAGAGGCGAACCGGCUGGAGGCUGGAAAAGGCCGAUUUCAGCGGACUGAGGAAGCGUGAAGUGCGUCGUAUUGAUCGGUGCUACGGUAGAUCCCGGAGUAUCCCGCCGCCGCUCCUUCAUGUCCCGGGAUGGAGAGUUGCUGUCGCUCCUGUAUGCCGUGUCUGAACCGGCUCUGGAACUACAUUUGGCCCGACUUCCGCUACCCAAACGUCCCCAACCACAACCAUGUCAUCGCCAACCCGGCCGCGCAGACGGCGGAGAUCCGAACCGUGUCCGGCGACAUCCGCGUCCCGUCGCCAAAGAAGCGGCCGGUGCAGCUUUACGCGGCGCUCUUCGACUUCGAGGCCCGAAGCGACGACGAGCUGACGGUGAAGGAGGGGGACAAGCUGUCGGUGAUCGAGAAGCGGGGGGAGUACGUGCUGGCCAAGAAGCUGACCGGGUCUCUGGAGUCCGGACUGAUCCCGGCCAACUACGUGGCUCUGCUGCAGGACGAGUUCGCCAAACACAAGUGGUAUUACGGGAACAUAAACCGCGUGAAGGCCGAGAAGCUGCUGCUCGCUUCCCAAAACAAAGAUGGCUCCUUCCUGGUUCGCAUCAGUGAGAGUCACAGCGACGAGUACACGAUCUCCACCCGGUCUGAAGGGAAGGUGUACCACUUCCGGAUCCAGCGCUCCACCAUCGGCGCGUACUUCGUGUCCGAUAAGGUCUCCUUCGCCACGCUGGGAGAGCUGAUCUCCUACUACCAGAAGAACCCUCGCAGCCUGGGCGUCCUGCUGGAGGAGCCCUGCGCUCAGCAGCGGGAGCUCUUCGACAUGGAGCCGUGGGAGAGACCUCGAGAGGAGUUCAGGCUCCACAAGAAGCUGGGAGAGGGACACUUUGGAGAGGUGUGGGAGGCUCUGUGGACCACGGAGAACAGGAAGGUGGCCAUAAAGACGCUGAAACAGGAGGACACGAAGCAGGACGAGUUUGUGAAGGAGGUCCAGGCACUGAAGAGCCUCCAUCACCCGAAGCUGAUCCAGCUGUUGGCCAUGUGCUCCAGAGGAGAGCCGGUCUACAUCGUGACCGAGCUCAUGAGCAAAGGAAGCCUCAAGUCCUACCUCGCCUCUGCUGAAGGCCAGGUGCUGACAUCAGCUCAUCUCAUCUACAUGGGGAGUCAGAUUGCGGAGGGCAUGGCCUACCUGGAGGACAGAAACAUCGUCCACAGGGACCUGGCUGCCAGGAACAUCCUGGUGGGAGAAGAUCUGGUCUGCAAGGUGGCCGACUUCGGCCUGGCUCGGAUUAUCAAGGACAGUGUGUAUACAGCCAGUCGAAACACGAAGAUCCCGGUGCGUUGGACGGCUCCCGAAGCCGCGAUCUACCAACGCUUCUCCGUGAAAUCUGACGUCUGGUCGUUCGGGGUCCUGCUCUAUGAAAUGAUGUCACGCGGCAAGAUGCCUUACGACGGAAAAAGCAACAAAGAAGUGUUGGAUCUGCUGUCGUCUGGGUUUCGGCUGCCCUGUCCAACCCGCUGUCCUCAGAACAUUUACCGCAUCAUGAUGGACUGCUGGACCGCCGAGCCCUCCAAGAGACCCUCCUUCCACGCCCUGCACAGCCAGUUGGAUUCAAUAUACGCCAGGAUAUACUUCAAGACUAUAGAGGUUUGAGAAGCGUGGAGGAUGAAGAGAGGGUGCAAACAUGAAGGGAGGAAAGGGGGAUGUUCUCCUCCCUCUUAACGCACUUCCACAACAGGGUAUACAAACGAUACAAACACAGACUGAAGUGAAAUGUUCAGAAGAAGCAGCGGAUAUCGAGGAAUCGUAACUUCUUGGGCUAAAAUGGACAAACAGCCUUAGAGAAGUGUAAAUACACUAAAAAAAAACCUCAGCACACUCACAGAACCAACGGUUUUUAAUUUUAUACCCUCGUAUGUGUUUUCUAAACGAUGUUUUGUUACUGCUGUAUGUGCCAUGUCUGUGUAUGCACACUUUGAAAUGUUAUCAAACCAACAGGUCAGGACUUAAACUAAUAACCUGUCUAUUGACUGCAAAGCCAGUGCUAAAGAAAAUCGAGGUUAUGUGCAAUAAUUAAGAGCUUGCUGAUUUUUUUUUUUUUUUAAGCCACGCUAGAGACCUGCUGCUGAUGUGGAUCACUGUUGGUCCAACGCUUUGGUCUGUAGGAAAAUAAUGUUCAAAAGGUUCAUCUGAUCGUGUUCCCCAGAGGAUGAAACGCGUCCAUCUCCUUAGUUUUGGAAGCACAGGAUCUUAUAAUGACCAAAUCCCCAUCGACGUCAGCUGUAAAAUAUCGAUAGAUCACAUUUAUCUGAAUGAUUAUGACCAAUAACUCCUUCUUUGUACAUAUGGCAUGUGAGUAAGGCAUAAAUAAUUCACCGUCUUAGGAUUUUCUGUUCUCAUGUUCCUACAUUAACUAUGGAGACGAUUCGCCUGGCUCUGUCCACAGUUAAAAAACACGCCUAUCAACACCUGUAAACCUCGUCCAUUGUGUUGUAUCUGCUUUGUUUUGUACACAAACAUAGUCUCCAAUGGUUUUCUGGUAAUCUCAGUGUCAGUGAGUCUCCAGGAAGUCACUGCACCAGGUCCCAGUCAGGAGCUGGUCUAUGAAGCCACAGAGGGCUCUAACUAUCGGGAUCAUCAUCACAUCGCACAGCCCUAAAAGCACUUUCCCCCAAUUCACAACCACCAGAAAAAGAAGCGUCACAACCCCCAAAGAUGACUCUACUCAUCAGAAUUUGAUCCCAGCGGUCCAAUAACAUUCGGAAAGCUGAGAAGAGCUCCAGGAUUAUAAUAUCUGUCCUGUUCAUGUGUGCAGGAAAGCAAAAGAAAGCCAGACAGCUUAGCCAGAGGAAGUCUGGAGCGAGAAAGCCCACCAUGGAUAUUUUUGGAAUACCGCCCCAUUCAGUUCAUCCAGUUGCACCGUUAGCCCACGAGCAUGAAGUAUUUUAUUCAGCCCACCUUCUGUUACUGGAAUUCGAGAAGGUGUUGGCUGAUGUUACAAGUUUAAAACACCUGGAUGCAAGUUUCUUCUAGAAUGCUGUGGUGUCUGUUUUCUCCUCCUGUGAUGACGCUGGGGGCUGAUGCAGUGCUUGGACCACGGAGCCAUGUGUUGACUUAUUAAACCCACAGUGAUGGCCAGUUACAACUAGAGUGCCUAUGUUUACACUACAGACUGUCCUCACACUACACUUCAGAGUAUGGACUGGGGGGAUUUCUGCACCACUGAAUUGUACAAUGAUGUUGCAGAGCAAUGCAAUUUGAGAACAAUGCAACUUUUGUCUUUUAUGCAUGACUUUUACAGCAGACGAAGCCAAGUUCAGGAAAAUUUAGCCAUAAUCACCAAAUCACGAGAUCGAGUUUCAUGUUUUAGGAUGCGUGCCAUCACGGUACAGACACCAGUAGUGUAAAGAAUAAAAGUAUUUUUAAGUA